ACGAGCGUGGGCUGUGGGCGUGUGUUACGUUGCCUUCGUUUUAGUCGCGUUUCUCCGAGGCGCAUUUUUAUUGGCGAAGCUAACCGGCUAGCGUUAGCCAGCUAGCUAGCUGUUAUUGUUUUUCGCGAGAACCAAAAUGGAGGAGCAGGCUGUUGCCUGUGUCCUAUACAGCCACUCCCGAGUCCUCGUGUGGCGUCUCCUCUCCGGUCCUUGCUAAUGUUAACAGUUGCUGGGUGCACAUGGGAACCACAUAGCUGUGGUUGAAUUGCAUCGCCGAGGCGUUGCAUGAUGAAAUGUCCCUGUGUUCGCCAUGACUCUGAGGUCCACGUUGUUUCCAAAGACGGGAUCUAAGCAGAGCACUGACGCCGUCCACUUGGAGCAGUCACACGCUGGGACCGCCACCGCGAGUCCUGUUUGCGUGAAGAGGGAGUCCUGUGACUUUGUUCUAAAUGUUCAAAACGUGCAGGGGGGCCUGAUCCCGAGCAAAUCACAGGUCUUAGACCAGAACUACAUGACAAGCAAAGUUGCUCUCGCUGCCUCAGUUUCAGAAUUGGUUCAAGGAGACAAUAUAAGCGUGGGGAUAUUGUCCCCUGUCAGACCGAUGGGGGGUGAGGGAACCCCGGUGAAAGGUAAACCCCUCUCUGUUGACAACAUGGAUAACCCUCAGAUGGCGGUGAACAAUAACCCUAAGGAUGCUGGUGCUGAUGAUAGUGCAAAGGGGGUUGUCCCUGGAGUUGUUGGCACUGCAUCCAUUGAACUCUCUUCUGAGGGCAAAUGGAGGAACAUCAGAAAGACCCCUGCCAAUCCCCACACACAGGCCAACUGCCUCAGACAGAUUCUCCUGCUGCAGCUGGAUCUUAUUGAACAGCAGCAACAGCAGCUGCAAUCCAAGGACAAGGAGAUAGAUGAGCUCAAAGCUGAUAAGGAAACGCUGCUUGCACGUAUUGAGCGUAUGGAACGUCGCCUGCAACUCACAAGGAAGGACCCACCACGUGACAAGCGCCUUUUCCAACCCCUGGAGCCAUGGACUCCAGACAAAGAGGAUAUAUGGGAUCUGGAUGUAGAGGAGAAUCCACAGUCCAACCAGGCCACAUCACUCCCCUUUAGUAGGGGUGGUAAAGGUCAGAAAAGGAAGUCUUGCUUUGGGGAUGCAAAAAACCAGAAAUGUCGGGGCAAAAGUGCUAAGCUUAGCCCCCAUAAAUCUGAAAUUCCGCCUGGCUCUCCAAAUCAAAGAGAGCUGCGCAGUAAGGAAACCCCUGAGAAGAUGGUUCCCACAAGGUCUGGGGCAGAAAGGGACAUUUCACUUCCAUUUAAAGAGGAGUCUGAGCUAAGCUGCCAGAUGGAAGAUCUGCCCUUUAUGUCAACCACAGAGAUGUAUCUCUGUUGCUGGAACCAACCUCCACUGUCCCCUCUGCGUGAGACUUCCCCUAAAAAGGAGGAAGAGGUGGCCAGUGAGUGGACUCCUCAUGUAGUUCAUGAUAUGCUGAUUGUUUUUCCAUCCUGGAGAGAAAAUUACAUUGAACCUUUGGAAGACGAUGACGACAUCACCUCUACUGAGCCGCUGGAUGAUGGUGUGUUUUUGAAACGCCAUGCGAAGCUGGAGUUGGAUGAAAAGAGGAGGAAAAGAUGGGACAUUCAGCGAAUCAGAGAGCAGCGCAUGUUUCAGCGCUUGCAGCAGCGCAUGAACCGGAAGAAAGUGGUCCAGGAGACUGAGCCAGAGCUUUCAUCCUUCUAUCCUGACACUGAAGAUGUUGAGGCUAUAGUGAUCACUCCCUUCUUGCCUGUGGUUGCUUUUGGUCGGCCGUUGCCCAAACUCUCUCAACAGAACUUUGAGCUGCCCUGGCUGGAUGACCGGAGCCGAUGUCGCAUCGAGGUUCCCAAAAAACACACGCCUCACCGGACCUGUCGGAAGUGAACCCCCCCCCCCCCCCCCCUGACAUUAACAGCAGAGCGCCACAGCUCACUCACAGAUUAUAAAAUACACAUAGUGUUGUUUGUGGUCGGCACACAAAUCAUCAGUCAUGAUUAUCUCCUGCAGAGUAUUAAAGACAGGAUGGGAGAUAGCUGUGACAUUCAAUGUUCUUGAUAUUUCCAGUUUCAUUUACACCUUUGAGUGGAAGGAAGUCUCCGCUUCCUUACUUGAUGCUCAAAGACCGCAGUACCCCUGUCAGCAGCUGGUGGAGAUUACACAUAAGUCCUAGAAAAUAUAACAGUUAUAUGCAUGUUCUGCAACAUGGUUGAGAUACAUUUGUCCAGAGCUGUGUCAUCCAAAAAACUGACAUUUUGUCUCCAAGAAAAGUGGAGAUUCUGUCAGUUUUUAAUUCAUAGUGUGGUGACAGGAAUAACAAGGGACUCUUGGGGGGGCAGGGGAAAUAUUUGUUGUCAUUUAGGCUGGAAAAAAAUGGAUCUCAAACUGAUCUUAAGCAACGCAGCCAUGACGUUCUGCUCUGGACAGCUGUAUCACACCCAUUCUUCCUGCCUAAGUGGAAAAAAUAUGUCAACAUUUGACUGUGUCGUGCAGUGUAUUGCCUAUAUUGUUCAACACACAACUUCAAAUAAGAUUAUAUCAAUGUUUAAUGUGAUAUCUGGAGUUUUGAGCCACACUCAGCAUGUUAUAUUUAAAAAAAAAAGGAAAAAGAAGCAGCUAUUGAAUCAAUUCAUUGUAGGGAAACAAUUCUAAAAGCAACCAUGUGAUUGUUGUGAUAUUUGGGGGUUUUGCUUCAUGAAAACCAAGGCACAGAACAUUAGAUGGGUGGUGAACUUGAAAUGAAAUCCACUGACCUGUCAUGUUUUGUUGCUUAUACUUUUCUUUGUUCUGUGAAUUGCAUGGCUGUGUCAAAAAGGUGGUAGCAUGGCUUAACCCCAGAAUGGAGAGUAACUGCUGCUCAGUGGGCUGCCAAAACUACAAAAAUAUAGUUGGAAGCAUGAUUCCUCCCUGGCUGCUCUGUUCUGAUGGUGGGGCCAGUUCAUCACCACCAUGAGGCAAUCUGAUGAUAGCAAGUUCAGUUUACAUCUUAAUUUUUUUCGUGUGUUCCAAUCUUCACCACGCGCUUUUACAUCCAGGAGAUAUUCUACGAGUUAUGUGAAUGCAUUGAUCUCUUUUAAGGAUGUGGUUAGCUGACAUCCAAACCGAACCAGAUUAGAUGAUUAAUAAGCUUUGAUAGCUGUAGUUCUAGCAAUGUUCACCAGUAUGCUCUUUAACAUGCUGCCAGUUAAUCUCUCCCUGUCUUGACUUUAACCUCAGUCACGAUCGCAGUGUUUGAUUUCUGCCUGCGUUUCCUUUCUCGCUGCGUUCUGUUCACCCUCGUUAACAUAUGCAACGGCUUUAUGCAGCUUGUGUACGUCGGCUGCCAGGUGUGUGUUCGUGUCGGCAGGCUGGAAAUACAAAGUUGAUCUUUCUUUCCUGUACAUAGCUUUCGGAAAACAAAUGUACAUAAAACAUGGCUGUUAUUUUUUUAUUAUUUAAUGUCAGAAGUGUUGAUUACAUUUAAUAUUGUUCUAUGAUUGUGUGUUGACAAAUUGACAGUUUUGAAAGUUGCAUUUUCUUUUGGAAUAAAAUUACUUCUCUAUGA